AUGGCUGGCCAGCUGCCCAUCCAGUUCACUGAACUGGCUCAGUUGACCCAGCUCGGCAUUGCUCCUGCGUCCAUUGGCUUCAACACUUGUACAUUAGAAUCCGAUUCCUUCGUUUGCGUGCGACAGAAAGUCAACGACGAUGACAAGCCUCAAGUAAUAAUAGUCAAUCUCAAAAACAACAAUGACAUCGUCAAGCGAGCCAUCUCCGCCGACAGUGCUAUCAUGCACUGGAAGCAAGAGAUCCUUGCUCUCAAGGCUCAGGGCAAGACCAUUCAAGUCUUCAAUCUCGCGACCAAGUCGAAGUUGAAGUCCACGGUGAUGGCCGAAGACGUCGUCUUCUGGAAGUGGUUCAGCGAGACUUCACUCGGCCUCGUCACCGACACGUCCGUCUACCACUGGAACGUCUUCGACCCUACGCAAGAUGCGCCAGUCAAAAUGUUCGAGCGGAGCCCGAACUUGAGCGGCAAUCAGAUCAUCAACUACCGUGUCAACGACGAUGAGCAGUGGAUGGUCGUGGUUGGCAUCUCUCAGAAAGAGGGUCGCGUUGCCGGCUCAAUGCAGCUCUACUCUAAAGCCCGUGGCAUCUCUCAGAACAUUGAGGGCCAUGCUGCAGCCUUCGCUACCUUCCACGCAGAAGGUCAGCCAGAGCCAUACAAGCUGUUCACCUUCAGCGUCCGAACUGCCACCGGUGCUAAGCUGCACGUUGUCGAGAUCGACCCUAGCCAGAAUAACGCCCGUUUCCAGAAAAAGGCUGUUGAUGUCUAUUUCCCACAAGAGGCUGUGAAUGAUUUCCCUGUCGCCAUGCAGGUAUCGUCAAAAUACUCCAUCAUUUAUAUGAUCACGAAGUACGGCUUCAUUCACCUGUACGACCUGGAGACCGGUACGUGUAUCUUCAUGAACCGCAUUUCGAAUGAAACCAUCUUCGUAACGGCUCCCGAUGGCGAUUCAGCUGGCAUCAUUGGUAUCAACCGCAAGGGUCAGGUCCUUUCCGUCAGCCUCGACGAGAACAAUGCAGUUCCCUAUCUUCUUCAGAACCCUGCCAACACUGAGCUGGCUACCAAGCUAGCUUCCAGAGCUGGCCUGGCGGGCGCCGAUGAUUUGUAUCGCCAACAGUUCGAGAACGCAUUCAAUGCUGGUAACUACCAGGAUGCAUCCAAGUUUGCCGCCAACUCUCCACGCGGCUUCCUCCGUACUGCGGAGACAAUCAAUCGAUUCAAGAGCGUUCAAGCUGGUCAAGGCCAGAUGUCUGUCAUUCUCCAGUACUUCGGCCUGCUGCUUGACAAGGGCAAGCUAAACCGAUACGAGACCCUCGAGCUGAUCAAGCCUGUGCUUGCUCAGAACCGUAAGCAAUUGCUCACCAAAUGGAUGAGUGAAGGCAAACUUGAGUACUCGGAGGAGCUUGGUGAUGUUGUCCGUCUCCACGAUGUUGAGGCUGCUCUGACCAUCUACCGCGAGGCCGGUGUGCCCUCCAAGACCGUCGCUGCCCUUGCUGAGACUGGUCGUUUUGACGAGAUCCUUCCCUAUUCUGCUCAGACUGGUUAUCAGCCCGACUUCGUUCAGCUGUUGCAGCACAUCGUGCGCGUCAAUCCCGAAAAGGGCGCCGAAUUUGCUACUCAGCUUGCCAACACUGAGGGCGGCCCCAUGGUUGAUGUUGGCCGUGUUGUUGACAUUUUCAUGUCCCAGAACAUGGUUCAGCAGGCCACUGCCUUCCUUCUGGACGCUCUGAAGGAUAAUCGUGAAGACCAGGGUCAACUCCAGACCAGAUUACUAGAGAUGAAUCUUAUCAAUGCUCCUCAGGUCGCCGAUGCUAUUCUGGGCAACCAAAUGUUUACCCACUACGACAAGGCUCGCAUCUCGCAGCUUUGUGAACAAGCGGGUCUUCUACAGCGUGCUCUCGAAAACACCGAAGAUCCUGCCGCUAUCAAGCGUAUCAUUGUUCAAACCGACAAGCUGAGCCCCGACUUCCUCCAGCAAUACUUCGGUAGAUUAUCAGUCGACGACUCCCUUGAUGCCAUGAACGAGAUGCUCAACUCCAACAUCCGCCAGAACCUCCAGGCUGUCCUUCAGAUUGCCACCAAGUACUCUGAGCUUCUUGGCGCUGGCCGUCUGAUUGAACUCUUCGAGCGUCACCGCACUGCUGAGGGUCUGUAUUAUUUCCUUGGGAGCAUUGUCAACUUGAGCGAGGAUCCCGAUGUAAUCUUUAAGUACCUCGAGGCCGCUGUCACCAUGCAACAGUUCACGGAAGUUGAGCGUAUCUGCCGGGAAAACAACCACUUCAAUCCUGAGAAGGUAAAAGCCUUCCUAAUUGAAGCACGUCUUUCUGAGCAGCUUCCCCUCAUCAUUGUCUGCGAUCGCUUCAACUUUGUCAAGGACUUAGUCAAUUAUCUUUAUCGCAACCAGCAGUACAAGUCCAUCGAAGUCUACGUUCAGCAGGUCAACCCCUCGAGGACUCCUGCUGUUGUUGGUGCUCUGCUUGCCCUCGACUGUGAGGAGCGUGUCAUUCAGGAUCUGCUGCGGUCAGUCGACGCCUCUGCUAUUCCCAUGGACGAGCUUGUUCAAGAAGUCGAGUCUCAGAAUCGUCUGAAAAUCUUGCUGCCAUUCCUCGAGUCCACCCUGCAGAGUGGUAACCAGGCCCAGAGUGUCACCAACGGCCUAGCAAAGAUCUAUAUAGACUCCAACCACAAUCCCGAAGCUUUCUUAAAAGAGACCGAAAACUACGAUACCCUGGUCAUAGGAAGAUACUGCGAGAAGCGGGACCCGAACCUUGCGUAUAUUGCCUAUCGCAAGGGCCAGAAUGAUAUCGAGCUUAUCAAUGUCACCAACGAGAACUCAAUGUUCCGCGCUCAGGCACGCUACCUUCUGGAACGUGCUGAUCCUGAGGUCUGGGCAUUCGCUUUGGGUCCGAACAACGAGUACCGUCGCUCGCUCGUGGAUCAAGUCACCGCCACCGCCGUCCCGGAAUCAACAGAGCCUGACAAGGUUUCCGUUGCGGUCAAGGCAUUCGUCGACGCCGAUAUGCCCGGUGAGCUUAUCGACUUGCUGGAGAAGAUCAUUCUUGAGCCGUCUCCGUUCAGCGAAAACGGUAGCUUGCAGAAUCUGCUCAUGCUGACUGCGGCCAAAGCAGACAAGGGUCGCCUCAUGGACUACAUUCACAAGCUUGAUCAAUUCUCUGUGGAUGAGAUUGCAGGCCUUUGUAUAGAUCAGGGACUUUACGAGGAGGCAUUAGCUAUUCACAAGAAGGUCAACAACCACUCCCAGGCUGCCAAUGUCCUGGUUGACCACAUUGUGAGCAUUGAUCGCGCUCAGGACUACGCAGAAGAAGUUGAUCUGCCCGAAGUCUGGAGCAAGGUUGCUAAGGCCCAACUUGACGGUCUCCGCGUCAACGAUUCUAUCGAGUCCUACAUCAAAGCGAACGACCCCAGCAAUUUCAAUGAAGUUAUCGAGACUGCCACUCAUGCCGGAAAAGACGAAGAGCUCGUCAAGUAUCUCAAGAUGGCCCGCAAAACUCAGCGCGAGCCUGCUGUUGACACUGCUCUGGCUUUUAGCUAUGCCCGUCUUGAUCAGCUCCCCGAGUUGGAGGACUUCCUUCGGUCUCCUAAUGUUGCUGAUGUCGAGGCAUCCGGCGACAAAGCCUAUGAAGAAGGCUACCAUCAGGCUGCAAAGAUCUUUUUCACCAGCGUCUCUAACUGGGCUAAGCUGGCUACCACUCUCGUGCAUCUCGAGGAGUACCAGGCUGCUGUUGAUUGUGCUCGUCGUGCCAACAGCGUCAAAGUAUGGAAGCAAGUCAACGAGGCCUGUGUUGCCAAGAAGGAGUUCCGACUUGCUCAGAUCUGUGGCUUGAACCUCAUUGUUCAUGCCGAGGAGCUUUCGGAUCUCGUUAAGCAAUAUGAGCGCGAAGGCUAUUUCGAGGAGCUCAUCUCUCUCUUGGAAGCUGGCCUUGGGCUGGAACGUGCGCAUAUGGGAAUGUUCACCGAACUCGGCAUCGCUCUCUCGAAGUACCAUCCCGACCGUGUCAUGAAUCAUCUCUCGGUCUUCUGGAGUCGUAUUAACAUACCCAAGAUGAUCCGGGCUUGUGAAGAUGCUCACCUUUGGCCUGAGCUGAUUUUCUUGUACUGCCACUACGAUGAGUGGGACAACGCGGCGCUCGCAAUGAUGGAACGGGCUGCUGACGCCUGGGAGCAUCAUUCGUUCAAGGAUAUCAUUGUCAAGGUGGCCAAUCUGGAGAUCUACUACCGUGCCAUCAACCAUUACCUUCAGGAGCAGCCACUGCUUCUAACAGAUCUCUUGCAAGCUUUGACUCCUCGGAUUGACGUCAACCGGGUUGUCAAGAUCUUCAAGACCUCAGACAAUGUCCCUAUGAUCAAGCCCUUCCUCUUGAAUGUGCAAAAUCAGAACAAGCGGACUGUCAACGAUGCCAUUCACGAGCUUCUGAUUGAGGAGGAGGAUUACAAGACUCUGAGAGACUCCGUCGAAAACUACGAUAACUACGACGCGAUGAAUCUUGCCCAGAGACUUGAGAAGCACGAGCUUGUCUUUUUCCGGCAGAUCGCUGCCCAAAUUUAUCGCAAGAACAAGCGGUGGGACCGGUCGAUUGCUCUAUCCAAGCAGGACAAGUUGUUCAAAGAUGCUAUUGAAACUUCCGCCAUUUCUGGUAAGCCCGAGGUGGUCGAGGAGCUGCUACGAUACUUUGUGGACAUUGGCAGCCGCGAAUGCUAUGUCGGUAUGCUCUACGCCUGCUACGACCUCAUUCCUAUGCAUGUUGUCAUGGAAAUCUCCUGGCGUCAUGGCCUCAAUGACUACACUAUGCCAUUCAUGAUUUCCUACAUGAGCCAACAGUCUGCCACCAUUGAGCAGCUAAAGAAGGACAAUGACGAGCGCAAGGCUCGUGAGGCUUCCCAGAAGAAGGACGACGACAACACACCCAUUCUUGGCGGCCGGCUGAUGCUGACCCAAGGUCCGACCAACCCUUCGCCGUCGCCUGCUCCUUAUGGACAGACCAACGGCAUCACCCCUCAGCCGACCGGCUUCCCCCGAGCUUUUUAA